AUGGGUCACAGUGACGAAGAACUGCCUCCCGCGUUCACCCCCUACGAGGCGGAAUAUUUCACCGUUGGGGACGGGGACAUCGUCUCACACGAUCCACACCUCAAUUCUGACGGAGAGGCAUUAUAUCGCUUCCUACUCUCGAACGCUCUGACCCCUCCCUCCUAUCUGGUCCACUGCAAGGGCACACAUUCCGAAACCCACUACCGAUGGGUAAACUACGAACACUCUGACGGCAAGACCGAGAGCAGACGCGAGCACCACACAGAAACGAUCACCGAUUUCGAUUUCUACAUUGAUAUUGGGCAGCACAUCGACCCUGCGCUUGUCGUCCAUUGGUCGGUAGCGGACGCAGAUCCUGCGUUUCGGGGCGCUAUGGUGCGGGAGGUUCAAGGGCGUUCUGGCGGGAAAAGGGUGAGCACUUCGCAAGAGAACAAGACGUAUGAAGAAUGGGUUGCUGUGCAACGUGCGAGGGGGAUAGCGCCUUGGGUGUCGCUGGGCGAAGCUACGUCGGAGAUGGCUCAGGCUGUCGAUGAUCCCCGCAGGCUACUCAGGUCUUCCAAGUCGUUGAGGCAGUGGGCCGACGAGUAUUGUGAGAGCCCGAAACUUCUAAAGGAGUUUGUGUAUGAAAAGGUCCUGUACGGCUGGAACAUCGAAGAACUCAAUAAAGCCAUCCGAAAUACCAUCCGCACCUCUCCCUACUCGGGCAAACUCACCGUCUCGAUCGAAACUCAUGGAUCCAAAGUCAACAUACGUCCGGAUAACACCCUCUCUCGAAUUCUCUCGAAGUGGUGGGUAAAAGGCCUUCUUUGGGCCACCCUUAUAUACCCUUUCAUAUGGGUCUUCAAACGGUAUCACCCACUGGGCGGCGGUCGGUGGCAGGUCUACGGAGGUGCGUAUGCCCUGAAACGAUGGGUCCCACACGACAACAACGGUAAUGGCAAUGGCAACGGCGACAAUGGUCCUCAACCCCCAGGUGGUCCCGAUCCUGAUGCUAAAGCCAAGCCCGAUUAUACACAGUCCGGUGUCGGUGGUCUUUUCUCGGGCGUUAGGGAAGGUGAAUGGUUCAGGGUGUGGCAAGGAACGAUUUUGCGGGCUGUAAUGAAUGGUUACACUUCGUCAGAGCCUCUGUACGCGCCUGACCCUUCAGCGGCGGGCUCCAGAUUAGAUGGCUACUUGCCUCCUUACGAAUGA